AUGGCGGAGUCAACGGCAGCGCCUCGAUCCGCGCCCAAGUCGGCGUCGGAAACGUACCAAAAGUUGAGCCAGCUUGAGCAUGUUCUCAGGCGUCCGGAUACGUAUAUUGGUAGUGUCGAGCGGCGCACCGAGACCAUGUGGGUCUACGAUGCCGCCAAAGAGCGCAUGGCAUACCGCGAUACAAGUUACGUUCCGGGCUUUUACAAGAUCUUUGAUGAGAUUCUUGUGAAUGCAGCAGACAACAAGGUGCGUGAUCCCACGAUGGACACGCUCAAGGUGACAAUCGAUAAGGAAGCUGGCACAAUUUCUAUAUGGAACAAUGGUCAGGGUAUUCCUAUCGAAGUUCACGAAAAAGAGCAGGUGUAUAUUCCCGAGCUCAUUUUCGGAAACUUGCUCACAUCAUCGAAUUACGACGAUGACGAGGCCAAAAUCACAGGUGGCCGUAACGGCUUCGGUGCAAAACUCACCAACAUUUAUUCCACAGAGUUUAUCGUCGAGACCGCUGACAAGCAGCAUGAGCUGAAAUACAAACAAGUGUUCAGCAAGCACAUGCACGAGAAGGAUAAGCCCAAGAUCACGAAAAACUCGCGCAAAGAAGAGUAUACAUGCAUCACCUUCAAGCCAGACCUGUCGCUAUUCCACAUGGACUCCAUCGACGCGGAUACCGAAGCUUUGCUAAUGAAGCGUGUGUAUGAUAUGGCUGGUACAGUUCACGGCACAAAGGUCUUCCUCAACGGCGAGCGUCUCAAGAUUCGCAACUUUAAGCAGUACAUGGAAAUGUACGUUCAGGCAAUCCAGGAGAUCAGCGGCGUACCCAAAGGCGAGACGGAUGAGACCGAGAAUGGCGUGCCUGCGCCUCGUCCCACGAUUGUGUUUGACUCGUCCGAAGACCAUGGCCGCCUCUGGGAAGUGGGUUUUGCUGUGUCGGACGGUACGGCACGACAGGUCUCGUUUGUGAACAACAUUGCCACAAUCAAGGGUGGUAAGCACGUCGACCACGUUGAACAGCAGAUUGUCAACCGCAUCAUGGAACAUGUCCAAAAAGGCAAAAAAGGUUCUGCUGUUAAGACCAACCAGAUCCGUCAGCAGCUUUGGAUCUUUGUCAAUUGUCAGAUUGUCAAUCCCACAUUUGAUAGUCAGACAAAGGAGACACUCACUCUUAAGCCGUCAGCCUUUGGCUCCAAGUGGGUUAUGCCAGAAGAUUUCGCACGCAAAGUGCUCAAAUCAGGUGUCAUCGACAAUGUGCAGUCCAUUGCCCAGUUUUACCAAGACCGACAGCUUCAAACCACUGAUGGGCGCAAGCGAUCUCGAGUAUCAGUCACAAAGCUGGAAGAUGCGAACUGGGCGGGCACCAAGCGCAGCAGCGAAUGCACGCUGAUUCUCACCGAAGGUGACUCGGCCAAGGCACUGGCUGUGUCAGGUCUGAGUGAGGUGGGCCGUGAUGCAUAUGGUGUAUUCCCCUUGCGCGGAAAGUUGCUCAAUGUGCGUGAGGCAACGCACGACCAAAUCAUGAAGAACACCGAAAUCAAGAACAUCAAAGAGAUCCUGGGCCUGCAGCACGGUAAGGUUUAUUCGUCGGUUGAUGGACUGCGAUACGGUAGUUUGAUGAUCAUGACGGAUCAGGACUUUGAUGGCUCACACAUCAAGGGCCUGAUUAUUAACUACCUCGAUCACUUCUAUCCAUCCUUACUUAAGAUUCCCAAUUUCCUUGUCGAGUUUAUUACACCGAUCAUCAAGGCUACCAAAGGUAGGGAGGUCAAGUCUUUCUUCACGAUACCCGAAUAUGAGCAAUGGAAGGAAAGCAGUGAAGGUGGUCGCGGAUGGACGAUCAAGUACUACAAGGGUUUGGGUACGUCCAAGGCGGAAGAUAUGAAGAACUAUUUCCGCGACAUGGAUACGCACAUGCUGUCGUUCGAUACCAUCCGCCCUGUAGAUCACGACCUAGUUGAUCUGGCUUUUAACAAGAAAAAGGCCGACGACCGUAAAGAAUGGCUCCGUCAAUUCGUACCCGGAACGUACUUAGACCAUCGCAUCCGGAACAUUCCUAUCUCUGACUUUAUCAACAAGGAACUGAUUCUUUUUUCGAUGGCUGACAAUAUCCGCUCGAUUCCCAGUGUUGUGGAUGGCCUAAAACCGGGACAGCGCAAGGUUCUGUUUGGUUGCUUUAAGCGCAAUCUCAAGACAGAAAUCAAGGUCCAGCAGCUUCAGGGUUAUGUGUCAGAGCAUACGGCGUAUCACCAUGGUGAUCAGAGUUUGGUCAUGACUAUUGUCGGCCUUGCGCAGGACUACUGCGGCAGUAACAACGUGAACUUGCUGCUGCCCAACGGUCAGUUUGGUACUCGAAGCAUGGGCGGUAAGGAUGCAGCUAGUGCACGUUACAUUUUCACGGCAGUGCCACGCAUUACGCGUCUGAUGUUCCAUCCGAAAGAUGACGACCUCCUCAACUACCUGGAUGACGAUGGUCAGAGUAUUGAGCCGGAGUGGUACGUUCCUGUUGUACCGCAUGUGUUGCUCAAUGGUGCUGAGGGAAUAGGUACGGGCUGGAGUACCUUUGUACCAAACUACAAUCCCCGAGACGUGGUGGAAAAUCUGCGCCGCCGCAUGGCUGGUGAAGAGUACGUGCCCAUGACGCCAUGGUAUCGUGGCUUUGUCGGUACGAUUGAGCAUUCAGCGGCAGAUCGAUUCCGUGUUUUGGGCAAUGCAACUCAGCUGGAUGAGCGAACGUGGGAAAUCACAGAGCUUCCCGUGCGCGUAUGGACCUCGUCCUACAAGGAAUGGCUCGAAGAGCGUGUGGUGGGUAGCGACAAGACGCCAUCAACACUGCGUGAAUACAAAGAAUAUCACACGGAUACGACUGUGCACUUUGUCGUGGAACUCAACUCGCGCGGAGAGGAAGAAAUUGCACGUGUGGGCCCCGAGGCAUUCUUCAAGCUCUCUACGGUUAUUAGUACCGGUAACAUGGUCCUAUUCAAUCCUGAGGGCAAGAUUAAAAAGUACGCCUCGCCUCUCGAAAUUCUCGAUGACUUUUACUUCUUGCGCUUAGGUUUCUACCAGCGUCGGAAGGAGCACCUGGUCGACCAGCUCAAGCUUGUGUAUGAUCGACUCUCGAACCAGGCUCGGUUUGUCAGUAUGAUCAUUUCCAAGGAGCUAAGUGUGUCAAACAGAAAGAAAGCAGACAUCAUGGACGAGUUGCGUCAGCUCAACUUCCAAGCCUUCCCCAAGGUGGAGGCCAAGACGAAGAGUGUGGCAGACGAGGCCGUCGAAGAUCAAGAUGAGCUGGACGAGCCCACCGGCACAACUACUGACUUUGACUAUUUGUUGAGCAUGUCCAUCUAUUCUCUGACAAGGGAGCGCGUUGAGCGUCUGCUCAAGGAGCGUGACGAAACGGAGACGCAACUCAAGAUUCUUCUUGGCCGCUCGCCACAAAACCUGUGGGACGAAGACUUGACGGCCUUCCUAGAGGAGUGGGAUGCCAAGAUAGCAGAGGACGCUCGACUCGCUUCGAUGACCACAACGAAGGUCAUUUCUGCACCGAAGCGUCGUCGUGCACCUCCAAAGCCCAAGAAGGAAGAAGGCCAGGCGUCGCCCACGAAAAAGACAGCUCCCAAGAAGGAAGCCCCCAAGAAAGAGGCCGCACCAGUGCCCCCGCCGCCUACAGAGGCACCUGUGCCAUCCCCAUUGAAGCAUGAACGCGUGAAUGACGAUGAAGACGAGCUUGCACUGCCACCACCCAAGACGACCAAGACAGCCUCCAAAGCCAAGGCGACACCCAAAGCCAAGGCCCCCGCCAAAUCACGAGCCAAAUCCACAUCAGCUUCUCCACCUCCGCCACCAUCGCGUCGAGCUACGAGCAGUCGUGCAGCAGCCAAGGCACGCCCAACGUAUGCACUCGACUCAGAUGACGAACCACAGGAUGAUCCGAAUGACGAUAGUGUGGCAUGGGACGGCAUGGAAGAAGAGGACGACAGCGACGAAGACUACUACCGCUAA